CACCAGAAUGCUCUGCGGCUGUCGACACUCGCAAUCAGUCCGCCAGUAGAAACCGAUCCAUACAGAUGGCAGCCGCAGUAGCACACAGCCAGGAGGAGCUCUUCGUGAGCCGGGCCACCAUUCAAUUGCAGUUUCAACCCUCCGUCGAGGCAUCACCCCGCAUCUACGAGUGGCGCACGCAGGUGCUGACGCCUAAACCCGCCCCGGAGGAGGACCUAGUGAGCGUCAAACAACAUACCACGGAGGCUGCCACGCCCCGGGGUAGCUACUACACUCCACCGCAGAUCUUUGGGACCGAAGCGAAGCGUAAGAAUCUGCCCCAGACGCUGAGCAACUUCUUCGAGGCGGAGCGGCACUCCAGUGCCUGGACUCGCGUGACGAAGUAGGCGCCACCCAAGGAGACGGUGGGGCCUAAUCGAUUAACCCAUUAAGUGUGUGCCGAGACCUGCAGCAGCAGGAGGAGGAGGAGGAGAAGGCGGAGUAAAGUGAAAUUCCAUUCCAUUUCGUUGCCAAAAAUUCCAAUUCAUGUCCCAAAAAAUUGCUUACUCGCUGGGCCUAGGCCAACCCCAAACUAUAUGUACUCGUUGUAUAUAAGCAUCGCAUCCCAUGAAUAUUUAUGUGCCCCCACUUUUUUGCCUGAUAAUGCAAUAAAAGUAUUAUUUGAUAGAUAAA